AUGGCGCUGUCCUGCAAGACCAUCUUCCCCUUUGAUGCGCCGCUCAGCAGCUGUUUGGCAUGCCGAUUGCAGUGGUGCAUGAAGCGCAGCAUCAGUGUCAAAAAGGGCCCUCUAUUUAUUCAAGCUCCAUUCCUGCAACGCUCCGUCUUUCGUGAUGCACGCUUCUCCAUCUUCACUUCUUCUCAUCACCUAUUCCUGCUAAUCCGUCACUUUAUUUGCAUCAAUGUUCAUUCCUCGGGCCUCCUCUCACACCCGUCUACCUCCAUUCAGCGAGUUGAUGCUGUCCAUUUCCCACCAGCAUACACCCACGUACCAUGCGCCGCACAUCCCGCUUCAAUUUGCGUUCCCUUCGCCGCGCUCCGUCCCGGGCCCAUUCGACUUUGCCCAUUCCAAUGCGCCUUCUAUGGCUUCUCUGGCUUCUCUGGCCGCUUCGAACCGGACCAACUCUACACUGGCGCCUUCGAGUCUGGCCAGCCCCAGCCUGGACGCCGGCGUAAGCGCCUCUGGCCCCGGCCAUGCCCUUCCGCCUCUCCACGGCCUCCCCGCAUACCACCUUGCCGCAGGGCCCAAGCCGGUUCUGCCUCCGUUUUCUCGCCCGGCCGAGAUCCCCACGCCGCCCGCCUCGGCCGAGUUGGGCAGCGCCCCAAUGGUCGACUGCAAAGCCGAGCCCGUGGUGCCCAAAAGAAAACAUGCGUGCAAAACGUGUGGGCGGUCCUUCACCACGCUGGGCCAUUUGGCCCGGCACAACAGAACACACACGGGCGAACGCAAGCACAUGUGUCCGUUUCCGCAGUGUGGUGCCCGUUUUGCUCGCCAGGACAAUUGCAUGCAACACUACAAGAUGCAUUUGAACGGGAAGAGCAAACGGCGGGGCAAGCGGGCUUGACGACGUCACGAACGGGUUUCAAUAGGAAAAGUACACGACAUCACCGGACAUGUGUAGUGGAAACGAGUAAUGAGUAA